AUGCAGCGAGGCCAGUUCACCAUCGACCACAUCCUCAAAGAAGGAGAGGCAGAAGCCACCGAUACGCCGCCGAUCUCGCUGUUCCCUCGACAGACUCCAGUAUCUCCAAACGUUUUGAUGAUCAGCAAUCAGCAGGGCGUGCUGAACGCACCGUUUCCCAACGCGUUCAUGGAUCCUGCGUUGUUGGCGCCGUCUUACCCAAACUGCUUGCUGACGCUACCCUCCGCCUCCAGUCUGCAGAUACAGAUAGCCCCGCCAGUAUACAAGUCAUACUACCGCCGGAGAAAGAACAGCGGAGAAGUGAGAAAGUCACGACAGGCGUAUACAAAGCAACAGUUGCAGAAACUGGAGGAUGCUUUUAAGAGUCUGGUCAUUUUUGCUUGGCAAGCUUUUACGUUGAGUGUUGAGUUUCCUCCUCAUCAUCCCCGUGUUCGCACUUGCGCAAAGGACAAAUAUCUGAACGCCACCAAACGGCAGGAAUUAUCGACGCAUCUGAAUUUGACGGAAACGCAGAUCAAAACUUGGUUUCAGAACAGGAGGACGAAGUGGAAAAAGCAAAUGUCCACCUAUUUUCGCAGUCACUACUUCGAAAUGAUGCGCAGGACCUCGCCACUUUACGGCAGAGCGCCAUUGACCGACUUGUACAUGAUGACGAUGAACGCAUUUUCAUCCGUACCCGGGUCGAAUGGAAACAACUUUGCCUGA